GCAUGACAACGGUUGAAUAUUUAAAUAGAUUCACGUGCCUUUGUCAACCUGUGUUUGUCGGUCAAUCUUUAUUCCCACAAAGGCAAGGGAAGAAGCCAACAUAAAAAGGCAGUGUUGUUGCUGUUCUUGUUGCUUCUAAGGAGAAGAAGAACAACGAGUUCAAGUAGAAGAGGUUUUCUGCAACACCAACACCAACCAACCAACCCAAUGUGCCCUUUCUAACCCUCUUCUCCAUUCAACAAACUACAACUACUCUCUGUCGGUACAUAUAUAACAUCAUCAUCAUCAUCAUCAUCAACAUCAACAACAACAACAACAUCAAUAUCUCAAAACUUCCUCUGUUGCUUCAAAUUACGCACCUUUUAUCCACCCCUUUACCAUGGAACUGGCUUUGAGCUUAGGCGACACUUCCAAGCCCUUCACUUUUCUCGACAAGCCUGCAAAUUUACCCUCCAAGGACCCUCCUGGGUUCUGCAUAGCAACGGGGAAAGGCUUUGACGAGAAAAGAAGUGAUGCUGAGAAAAGGGGUUCUUCAGAUCCACCGGUUCAGCUUGAUCUUCUUCCUUUCACUCCCGUUCUCAGAUCCCAACCUCCUUCCCAGCUUCGAAUCCCUUGGCUCGCUGAACCAUGUGGAGCGGCGAGGGUGCUGGACGUAAACCUUUUUCCGGCGGCGACGGAGGACGGCGAUGACGGGACGUCGCUGUCGUCGCCGAGCAGUGCGGUGUCGCCGUUUCAGAUGGAUUUCAGCAUGAGAAACGGUAAUGCGGAGUUUGGAGGAAGAAACAGGAGGGAACAACAAGAGGGUGAAGGCACCAGAGCCAGUGAUGACGAAGAAAAUGGCUCAACCAGGAAGAAACUCAGACUCUCCAAAGAACAAUCAGCUUUUCUCGAAGAAAGCUUCAAAGAACACACGACUCUCAAUCCGAAGCAGAAGCUUGCUUUGGCUAAACAGUUGAAUCUCCUCCCUCGUCAAGUGGAGGUUUGGUUUCAGAACAGAAGGGCAAGGACAAAGUUGAAGCAAACAGAAGUGGAUUGUGAGUAUUUGAAGAGAUGCUGUGAGACUCUGACAGAAGAGAAUAGAAGGUUGCAGAAGGAGCUUCAAGAACUCAGAGCCUUGAAAACUUCUCAACCAUUCUACAUGCAGCUUCCGGCCACAACUCUCACCAUGUGUCCCUCUUGUGAAAGGGUUGCCACAAAUUCCACAACAACGAACCAAACUUCUUCCACCAUCAACAAUAACGCUUCUCAACUCCCUGUCGAGUUAUCUCUCAGCAAGCCCAGAAUAUUGCCCUUCCCCAAUGCCCAGGCCCAAGCAACCCAGACACAAGCCCAAGCUCAAGCCCAUCAGAUACCCUCUUCAUGAUCUUCAUUCAAUGAACAAUUUUUUUUUGGAUGGUUUUUACAUAUCAUAUAUAUAAUAUAUAUAUAUAAAUAGUUCGAUAUUAUGGUAUAUCAUAGAGGAUAAAGACAAAGGAUUCACCAACCCUUUUUAUCGUUUUGUAUAUAUUUUAAAUUUUUAUUUAUCUUCUUUCA